CCCUCGGGCCCAACGACCCGGCCCAACGUUGCAUAGCAGUGGAUUCCUCACCGACAGCGGCUCCGACGAUCACAGCAACCGCACCCAACAAAGUUCUUCGCGGAUGUCGAGAAUUGGAGCUACCACGCGUCGCAGCCCCCCCGUUUAGCCCCUAGUAGCAACUCGAACGUCCGCAAACGGUCCAGCGCGCGCAAUGCUAAGCAGUUUCGUAGGGUGCCUCGGCGGAGAGUUCCAGACGGGCUGUCGUGAUUGUGCCCCAGGAUGCGUCAGAGUUGUCAUUCUGUUAGCGUAGGACUUGUUUUUGAUAGUGUGUGUGGAAUCGUGCAUUGGGUUCUGAUGCUCUAGUGAAGGGCUUCAUCACGCUUGUGAAGUGUCUGGGUUUUGUUGUAUUUGGCUUUGGUUUGUUUCGGGGCGUUCGAGGUUUGGUUGCCAUGGGGCGUAGACGAUGGAUUCCAGUCAUGGUGGUGGCGGUUGUCGUGAUGGUUGCCAUGGCGGGGUCAGCAGAAGCAGACAUGAACGAGGAUCGUGUUGCGGAGCUGAAGCAUUUGCAAGCGAAAUCGCAGGAUGGGGUUAUACGCAUGGACGACAACAGGUUUCGGCGGUUUGUGGCCACGGAUGAUCCCCGCCCUUACGCUAUGAUCCUAUUCUUUGAUGCGCAGCAGCUGCGGGAGCAGACGGAGCUGAGACUGGAGGAGUUUCGCCGCGAGUUUGGGUUGGUGGCGUCGUCUUACAUCAAGCACAACGAGGGGGGUUCCGGAGACGGGAAGGUGUUUUUCUGCGAUGUGGAAUUCAAGGAGGCGCAGGGGGUGUUCCGCAUGUUUGACGUGCAGACUCUGCCUCAUGUCAGGCACCUGGCGGCGGGGAGUGGGGAUCACAAGUUGAGCGUGGAGAUGAACGCGGGCGAGUUUCCUCGCAGCGCCGAAGGAGUUGCAGCAUUCGUGACUGCCAAGACGAGGCAGGAGUGCGGAGCCAUUGAGCGGCCGCCGUUCUUGAGCAGGAACCGCAUGCUUGCUUUGUUGGGGUUGUUCUUGGUAUCGGCUCCCAUCGUGGGGAAGAAGCUGGCAGCUCCAGGAUCGCCUCUGCGCGACUAUAGGGUUUGGAUGGUGGGAGCAUUAGCGAUCUAUUUCUUCAGUGUUUCAGGAGGAAUGCACAAUAUCAUUCGCAAUAUGCCGCUUUUCACUGUAGACAGGAAUGACCCUUCCAAACUGCAGUUCUUCUACCAUGGCUCCGGAAUGCAGUUUGGCACCGAGGGCUUCAUCGUAGGGUUUCUGUAUACGAUUGUGGGCGUCUUGUUGGCCUAUGUGACGCACUUUGCGCCCAACAUUCGGUCCAAGAAUUCGCAACGGAUGUUAAUGGUCAUCUCGAUUACCAUCAGCUUUGUCGCAGUCAGCAAGGUUAUUGCUCUGGACAAUUGGAAGACGGAUUACUGGAUCCAUGCCUUUUGGCCUACUCGGUGGACUUAGCCCAACACAAUCUCCGAAUUUCUACUUCCCUCUGUUUCUUCAUUUCAUUCCGGUAAUGUCUACCCGCAGUAGAGUUAGGGGAGUAAAGUUGAGCGUCAGGAAUGAAUUUGAUUAUAAUUCAUGUCUAUCAUCCCGUAAUGCCACGAAGUUUACUGGUUUUCAAUUACACGAGUUGGUGCAUUUAGCAUAGUGGCACUUGCAUGUGCGGAGGAUGUCGGCGGCAAUAAUAUGUUGAACUGGAGUUGAACUUGCGCAGUAUCGAUUGGGAAUCAAGAAAUUUCAUGUACACUGAAAAUUUGUAUCAUCACUUCAAAAAGCUGCUGCCACAAUUGUUUACUUCUCCA